AUGGCGAAUGGCGAAGGUUUCCAUGGCUACCAGAGAUCCCAUCCUCAUUCAACAUUUGGAGCAAAGAAUUGGAUGCAGCCACCACCGAAAUCCACCAACAACAUCAACGAAUGCCUUGUUCGAGAACAAGAUAUGUUCAUGCCAAUAGCAAACGUGAUCCGCAUCAUGCGAAAGUCCCUCCCUCCUCAUGCCAAGAUCUCCGAUGAUGCGAAAGAAACGAUCCAAGAAUGUGUUUCUGAGUUCAUCAGCUUUGUGACUGGUGAAGCCAAUGACAGAUGCCAGCGUGAGCAGAGGAAGACGAUAACAGCCGAAGACAUUCUUUGGGCAAUGAACAAACUGGGAUUUGAUGAUUACAUCGAACCCUUGACAAUCUAUCUCCACCGCUACAGGGAGCUUGAUGGUGGAGAACGUGGGUCUGGAAGUCAAUCACUUACGAAGAGAGACGAUGUUAAUGCUGAUCAUAUUGCUAAUUCCAUGCCAUUUGGUAACAUCGAUGCUUUUGCGCCUGUUUUUCGCAUGCGUGAUCAAUUGUUUGGCCCUGCUACUGUCGCUGGUUUCUUGAAUGAUCCUGCAGCAAACGGUGGCCCUUCUAGGCGAACUGCUUCUGUCGCUGGAUUCCAGCCAUAUGCUCAGUAUAAAGAGUAA